AUGUUAAACAAUAAAAACUAAAGUAAAAUGACUAAAUCUAACUUUUUCAAUACUCCAAAAGUAUCUAUAGGAAUGUUUUCUAAUCAGUAAUCCAUCAUUUCUUAAUUACUUUCAACCAAAGGGAAAUCAUAAAAUAAAAAGCAUAAGGUAUCAAAAACAACCUAUGAAUUUUAAAUAUUUAGAGCAGAUACUCCAAAUUCUCCAAUUAAAACAAAUCCAUUUAAAACUAAAUAUCAUUUUAAUACUCUAUCUCAAUUAACAAAAUUAGAAAGCAACAAUGUUUCUAAUAAUAUUCAGUAAGAAAAAACAAAAAAUUAAGAUACUAGCUCUUAUCUUGGAGAUGUGAGUAUUAGAAUAAGAAGUAUUGAAGAUGAUUAAAUUAACAAAAUUCUUAAAAGUCUAAAAUUAAUUGGUGAACAAAUGACUCAUAACAAACAAACAUAAAUUAACUAAAUUAUUAUGUAAUAAUGGCAAAAUUAAUUAAACCAACAUUGUGAUAAAUUAAUAAAAAUCUUAUCACUUGAAGUUAAUUCCUCCUCCAACUUUUAUUAACCAUCUAUUCAUAUUGAUAAUUAAUUGUAAAUAUAAUUGACAGAAGAAAGAAAAAAUAGACUAUUAGUAGAAGAAUAAACAAGUAAGAUUAUUCAAAGUUAAGAAUAAUAAAUUAAAUAAUAUGUAUUUUAUUAUUACAAUCUUUUUUUAGAUUGAGACUAUCAAAUUACUUGAAUAAAAAUUAUUGAAUAGUAUGUGA